AUGGCAGAGCUGUUUAAACCCUCGCCCGACAAGUGCGACUACGACAACGACCUCUUUCAACCCCGCCAAGAAAACAUGGAAUACCACGACAAGGAAUCGUUUUUUGAGCGCAUCAUGACGUUCCUGAACGCGGAGGUGUUCUACCAGCUCUCCCAACCCAUGCUGUACAACCUCAUGUCCAAGGGCAUGAGCCCGGCCCCCUCACAGCCAUCCACACCAGCAGCUGCUGCUCGCGUGGCCCAGCCAACACCUGGGCGGCGUGACCUGAUGCAAGCAUGCCAAGUUCUGGACAAGGAAGAAGCCAUGUCCAAGUUUGCUGAAAAAGUGUCCAAGGGCGUUGUUUCAAUGCCACCUACGCAGGAGCCAGAGCAGCAGAAGCCAGGCGAUGAUCUUGAUGCGCAACUCGAAGCCGCGGCUGAGGUUGAAGACGUGGAGCAAGAUGAGGAAGAAGAGGACGAGGACGAAGCGGAGGAGAGCGCAAGCGAAAGCAGUGACAGUGAAGAGAGCGAGAGUGGCGAUGACGACGACGACGACGAAGAGGAAGAUGAAGGAGGGGCAGAGGAAGAUGAUGAUGAAGAUGAAGAAGAAGAAGAUGAAGAGGAGGAGGCGGAGGAGGACGCGCUGCCGAAACGUGCUUCAAAGCGGCGCGCUGCUGACAAGGAAGUGGACAAGCAGGUGGUGCUGAGUCAUUUCAGCUAUGGCAAGUGGAAGAAGCAACCGGAGCCUUUUGAAGGCAUGGCAGAGCUGUUUAAACCCUUGCCCGACAAGUGCGACUACGACAACGACCUCUUCAACCCCGCCAAGAAAACAUGGAAGUCGUUCACCCUCCAAUGGCUUGAGAACGUGCGCAUCAAGCCAAAGCACCACGGAAGCAAACAAUACCUCAAAUACCACGACAAGGAAUCGUUUUUUGAGCGCAUCAUGACGUUCCUGAACGCGGAGGUGUUCUACCAGCUCUCCCAACCCAUGCUGUACAACCUCAUGUCCAAGGGCAUGAGCCCGGCCCCCUCACAGCCAUCCACACCAGCAGCUGCUGCUCGCGUGGCCCAGCCAACACCUGGGCGGCGUGACCUGAUGCAAGCAUGCCAAGUUCUGGACAAGGAAGAAGCCAUGUCCAAGUUUGCUGAAAAAGUGUCCAAGGGCGUUGUUUCAAUGCCACCUACGCAGGAGCCAGAGCAGCAGAAGCCAGGCGAUGAUCUUGAUGCGCAACUCGAAGCCGCGGCUGAGGUUGAAGACGUGGAGCAAGAUGAGGAAGAAGAGGACGAGGACGAAGCGGAGGAGAGCGCAAGCGAAAGCAGUGACAGUGAAGAGAGCGAGAGUGGCGAUGACGACGACGACGACGAAGAGGAAGAUGAAGGAGGGGCAGAGGAAGAUGAUGAUGAAGAUGAAGAAGAAGAAGAUGAAGAGGAGGAGGCGGAGGAGGACGCGCUGCCGAAACGUGCUUCAAAGCGGCGCGCUGCUGACAAGGAAGUGGACAAGCAGACGGCAGCGAGUGUUGCCCGUUCACUGAAGAGCAAGUCGUCCUCACUCAAGAGCACCGGCGCAGACCCGAUUGACGAAAUCAGAGCUGAGCGGCAAAAGGCGGGAAAGAAAGCAAUGCAGAAGAAGAAGAAGCAGCAGGGCAAGACCAACAAGAAGAAGCAGCAGCAGAAGAAGAAGAAGAAGAAAAAGCAGAAAGGGUCUUCUGUCCGAUCUCAUGAGGAGGAGGAGGAAGAAGAAGAAGCGGGUUCGUCGUCUGAGGAGGAAAGCCGCGGGGAAGAGAGCGAGGAGCAGACGGGGGUUGACGCGAGCGAAGAGAGCAGCGAGGAGGAGGAAGAGGAGGAGGAGGAGGAGGAGGCGCGGAAGAAGCGGCGUGGCGGCCGCAAGGGCGGGGCUCAAGCGGCCAAGAAGGCCAAGAAGGCCAAGACAACAAAGACAAAGACCAAGACGAAGAAGAAGCGCGAGGAAGAGGACGAAGAGGAGGAGGAUGAGGAGGGUGAGGAAAGCGAACAUGCGGUGGGCGGUUCCUCUGCGCAGCUGAACAGAUCAUAUUCGAUUGCGUAUGUACGCUCGAAGCGUCGGCUUGGUGACUCUGGACAGCGGCGGCGCAAGGCGUGGGAUGACGACGAGGUUGCUGCACUGCGGGAAGGCCUGCUGAUGUAUGGUGUGGGCGCGUGGGCGCCGAUUGCGGCCAAGUUUGCCGAUCGCUUCCAAGAGCGGACUGCCGUUGACCUCAAGGACAAGUACCGCAACUUGAAGAAACGGGCGUGGCAGAACGAGGAGUUCCCCACCGCCUACGAUAUGGAGAAGGCCAACGCCAAAGCCAAGAAGGAAGCGAAAGCAGCUGCAGCUGACGAAGAAGAUGAAGAUGAGGAGGACGAUGAAGGUGAAGAGGAAGAGGAGGCGCCACCCAAGAAGAAGGGUAAGAAGGGCAAGAAGGGCACGUCUGCCAAGUCCAGGAAGACGCAGAAGAAACAGAAGCAGGAGGAAGAAGAGGAAGAGGAGGAAGAGGAGGAGGAAGAGGAAGAGGAAGCGGAAGAGGAAGAGGAAGAGGAAGAAGAGGGCAACGACGAUGAUGAGGACGACGACGAGGGUGAUGAUGAUGAAGAGGAGGAAGAGGAGGAAGAUGAUGAGGAGGACGCGCCUCCAGCAAAGAAGACAAAGGGCGGCACACCCUCACCGAAGCACACAAGACGGGCGACACGGUUGUCGCAAGAGGAGAAUCCAACACGUGAAGUCAGCCCUGAGGGCGUUGUCACGCGCUCACGCAAGCAAGGCCGUGGCGGGCGUGGCCGUGGGCGUGGGCGUGGCGGGCGUGGCGGAGGUCGUUCAUCCAAGUAGUGGUGCGUCGUUGUCGGGUGGGCAGUGCUCUAAGGCAGCACCUGAUUACCCCUCUCCUGAGCCUUUUUUUUUUCUCUUUUUUUUCUUUCUCCUUUCUUGUCCCCCCCCCCUCCUUAUUUCCUUCUGUUCCCUCAUAUCAGCUGUUAUGUUACGACAUCUCUCCCUUUGUAUAGUGCAUUUGCAUGUGUGUGUUUGUGGGGUUGUGUGCAUCUAUCUACGUGCUAUCCGCACGUUUGGUUUUACAUUGGGUUUGUUUUCACGCGUUACACGACUUGGUAUCAUUACACGCACACACACACACA